AUGAAGCAGAACUAUGGAACGGGGCAAGUCAGCGUUUUGGGCUUGCCAUGGUUUCAACCUGAACGUGGACAUAAAGGUCACUACCUGCUGGACUUGCUCGAGUACAAGACGACUGAGGAGAACUAUUGCAUGGUUUCAAUCGACGAGGAGGUCUUGCAAGCAGUGGACGCAGAGGUGCAGAUGGUAAGCGAUGAGCGGCAUCUGGAGUGGGGCAUUGAACCUACAAUCGACGUGGAGUGCAAGGUGAACUUCAACGAGGCGGAGACAGGUGAUUUGGAGGUGGACUACAACGAGAUCUACCACAUCGUGAAUGACCUGGUGAACCACUCUUUCAAGAAGCGUGAUUUGCGCUUCUGGGAAGUUUAUGUUGAUCAAGGGCAAUUGGCAACACACAUCGCUGAGAUGUACGAAGAUGUCACUGUCUCAACAUUCAGUCUUCCUGAGUGGGAUUUCAGUGUCAAAGCAACUCGUCAGAAGUUCAAGAAACUCCUUCAAACUGAAAAGCCGCACUUUGUAUGGAUGGCUCCUCCGUGCACAAAAUGGAGCCCAAUGCAAAGGAUCAACGUGAAGAACGAGAUGGAGGCUGAGCAGUUGAAGAACGUCAGAGAUGUGGAGGAGCAAAGCCAUUUGUCUUUGGUGGCCGACAGUUUUGAAGAGUGCAAAGUGAAUGAGGCUGGAGCCGCAAUGGAACACCCUGACCCAGCUGAGUCUUGGAGAACGAGCACUAUGGAAGCAAUGAAAGGUUACUUCGAGGCAGUGGUGGAUCGAUGCCGCACAGGCUUGGUCUACAUGCGCGAUGGAGAAGUGCUGGGCAAGGUGAGGAAAAGAACGAGAAUCAGAACUCUUUCUUUGAGACUUGCAAUGGCCAUGGAUCUUCCUUGUCAAUGCUUUCCACAACAACAUGUGCAAAUGAUUGGAAAGUCAGGUGCGUUGAAAGAGAUGCAAAACUAUGAAAAGGGUUUUGUCAAGCGAGCAGCAACUGCGAUCUAUGCAGAUAUGGAAGAUCGAUGGCGAAAGCGCGAGGUGGUGCAGAUCAUGGUGGCCGAAGAGAUGGAAGAGUUGGACACCAAUGAGGCAAAGAAGGAUGAUUGGCACACAGCCAAGAGCAACACAGCAUCAGCAAAACGAGUUGUGAGCAAACUUCAUCGACAGCUUGGUCAUCCAAACAAUGCCAAGCUGGUGAAGGCACUCAGAGAUGCCAACAUAGAUGAGACAGUGGUGGCACAAGCAGCUCAAUAUCGAUGUGACGUUUGUGAGGCACAUCGCUUCAAGUCUUUGGAAAAGCCGGCUGCUUUGAGCAAGGCUUCCUACUUCAAUGAGAUGAUUGAGAUGGACACUUUCCACAUUCGCUGGGGAGACACAAAGCACAAGAUCCUGGCGGUGAUUGAUGCCUACACUCGUUUUGAGGUGAACUCUAUCAUCCAGAGCGAAAGCAUGGAAGAAGAGAUCAAGGUGCUCAAAAAGCAGUGGUUGUCAUGGGCAGGGCAUCCAAAGAUCAUCAAGACUGACUCGUCAGGAGCUCAUAUGUCUGAGUUUUUCCAGGCUUGGUGCGAUGAGAGGCAAAUUCGUUUGAUUUUGGUCCCCAAAGAAGCGCAUCAUCAGUUGGGCCUGGUUGAGAGACUGCAUGCUGUCAGACGUCACCAGCUGGUUUUGAUGAAACCAGAGAAACCUGACCUGGAGAUCGAAGCAGCAGUUUUGUUGGCAUGCGAGCAGCGCAAUCGAUUGCGUUCGGUGCAUGGAGCUUCCCUAGUUGCUUUGGUUUUUGGAUACACGCCUGCACAGGCAGGCAUUGCUGAUGAGCCUCAUGGAGUUCGACCUGAUGGUCAUCCACGACAGCUGGAGGACACUGAGAACCGCAUCAUGGCAGCCAGAGCUUUCUACACUGCCAAUAACAGUGCAACCAUCCGACGAGCCCUUUUGGCCAAAAGUCGCAAAGAGCACACACCGCUGCAAGUUGGCGACUAUGCCUUUUACUGGAGAACAAGCAAUGACAAGUUGGAGCCUUCACGAUGGCGUGGACCCGCUCUGGUCUGUGCAGUUGAACCUCGCCAUGCAGACGAUGGAGUCUUGCGAACAGCAGUGUAUUGGCUCGCGCAUGGGUCGUCUUUGGUGCGAGCCGCUCCUGAACAUGUUCGGCUUGAAGUUUCCAGUGAACGGGCUGCACGCUUGGAAAGCUUGCCACAGACAGCAGCCCGCCAACCACUACAAGAGCAACUGGUGCAAGCGCUGAGGCCUGUCCGUGGUCCCAUCCGAUUUUUGGAUCUGGGCCCCCGUGGACCUCCUUCUGACGCACGAGGUGAUGGACUUGGACUUCAGGCGACGUCUGUUGAUGGUGAGGGCGCAGGGCCUGGUGAUUUGGAUUUCACACCAGUUCCUUCCUCCUCCCGUCCGGGCGAAGCCCCCUCAAAGCGGAAGAAGGUGGACAAAGAAGAGGCCAUGGAAAAGAAGCGCAAUCAAAAGUUGCAAGAACAGCUGACGAAAAAGGAGAAGCUCAAAGCAGAGACUGAACUCCAGAGAGCUGAAGCAAAGGUGGAACCCAAGCAGGACAUGGAGAUUGACAACAAGAGCGCGGAAAAGGCAGCUGCUUCUUCAUCUGAUGUGGUUGUGCCUGAUGAUCAACACAUGCAGGUGGACGGUCAGAUUGGCACCAAGUCACCAGAAAUGACGAGGCGCAACAGAUCCAGAAGCCCUCCUCCUAUGGAUGAAAUCCGAAAGUCGUACAAUGCAGCAAGACGGCUUGAUGGAUUGCCACCACGCCCAGAAGCGACCGACGAAGAGCUGCGACGAUGUCAACAAUGGUUUGUGGGCAUGGUGGAGGUCGUAGAGAUGGCGACCUAUGAGGGUGAUUUUGACGGUUCUUUUUGCACUUUUCGAGAUCGGCUAUGCGGUUUGGCAUCAAGGUUCAAGUUUGGAGCAUGGACUUUUGGCAACCGUUUGGACUUUUGCGGUGCCGAAGUCGAACAGAGUUUGGACUUUGAAACUGUUCAGAUCUCCAUGGCUGAGUACACCAAGAAAAUCAAGCCCUUGACCAUCAACAAGAAUCGAAAGACAAUGAGCUCAGACCCUUGCACAGAGGCAGAGCAAAGGCAGUUGCGCGCCAUUGUGGGCGCCAUGGCAUGGCCAGCUAACCAGUGCUUGCCCCAGAUUGCGGCAACUUGCAGUCUUCUUCAAGCAGCCGUUGCAAAUCCGACAGUUCUGGAUCUCGCUAUGGCAAACAAGGGCCUGAGGUUCUUGAAAGAUGUGGGAAAAGAAUACAAGAUGCAAAUCAGCCGGCAUUGUGAUCUGGCAGAGCUCAGGUUUGGAGCAUAUGCAGAUGCAGCAUGGGCAGUCCGCCCAGAUUCCACAAGCCAAGGUGGACAUCUUAUUUUCUUGGCUUCCCAGACAGAGAUCUCAGAAGGAAAGGCAAUGAAGCUCUCGAUCAUCGAUUGGGCAUCCAAGAAGCUUGGCCGUGUUUGCCGGUCGUCUCUCUCGGCAGAGGCACAGGCAUCUGCUGCAGCAGUCGAUGCGUUGGAGUGGAUACGCAUUUGCUGGGCAAUUUUGUUGUGGCCAACCAUCAAGUAUGACGAUGAGGCUGUGCUUUCUCACACGGGCGAAUCCCCGGUCUUGACGGACGCAAAGGCAUUGUUCGACUCUGUCAACAGCUUGACCCAGGCAAAAGUGACGGACAAGAGGACAGCGAUUGAAGUCAGCAUCAUUCGUGAUCGUCUUCGUGCCAUGCUGUCAAAGAUGAAAUGGGUGAACUCAGGGCAGCAGUUGGCGGAUGGCUUGACGAAACUUCAGGCGAGAGAACAAUUUGCUUAUUUGUUGGCGAGGGGCAUUCAUCGUUUGGUUUUUGAUGAGGAGUUCACAGCAGACAAGAAGAUUGGCUAUGAUGCCAAGAAGAAAGAGCAAAUGGAGAUGGAAGGUUUGGCGAAAGAGAUGUUUGAUGGACAAGUUUUCAUGGCAGAAGAGGAGAAAACCGAGGGCACUUGCAAGCUUCGUGGAUGUGGAAAGAAAAUCGACGGAGCCAAUCCAAGCAAUCAGUUUUGCAGCAGGCGCCACUACUAUUUGGACUAUCAUCGAAAAUUUGGGCACAGUGAUGAUUGGAAAAAGGCAGCGACUCGCGCUGUCGCAAUUGUGGCUGCUGCUGAGAUGUGUGGCGCAGAAGCCAUGAAGCUGGAAAGGAUCGAGCGUGAUGCAGACGAAGAUUGGAAGACCCUCACAACGUUUUUGGUGAUCAUCAUUUUUGCGUUUGUGGGUUUUUAUGACUGCAUGAAAAAGAUCAAAGAGGUUUUCAAGUAUUUCUUGAUCCAAUCGAACCUGGAGGUCCCUGUGGCGAAUGACACUCCUGAGAAUGCCAUUGCUUUUGUGAAUGUCAACAUGCCUGAAGAGAUCUACUCAUCACGACGCCAUGGUGAUGAGAUGCAGAAUGACACGCGGCGUGGUGAUGAGAUGCAGAAUGACACGCGGCGUGGCGUUGAGAUUGGCAUAGGCAUGCAACUGGCAAAUCCUCCCAAAAGAGAUGUCAGCGUGGGAAGUAGCGAGGACAGUGACACGCCAAAGUCAGUUCAAGCAACAGAAAGUGAUCCGGUGAUGUGCCAUCAUGUGAUGGUGAACUGGCGAGGCACCAAUGGACAUCAGUGGCAAUGGAAUUGUGAAUCAUGCGACAUGGUAGAGAAAGUACCCAAGAGAGCAGGCGCUGAAGCACCGAAUCCAGCUGACAAACCUAGGCUGGUGAAGAUUCCACGGGCAACUGAUGGUCCCAGAGCACGUCACAUCAGAAAAUUGCGCGACAAGUUGAUUGGUGAAAUGAUCAUCCAGACUCCAUUGACUUUUGACCGAAAGUCAUCUCAACCAAAAUUUGAACUGGUGCCAAAGCACGUUCACGGAGCAGCGAGACAUCUUAGCCAGUUUGAAGAUCGAGCGAUGGUCGUUGAAGUGAAGAAGCACGACCUGCCGAAGAAGUUCCGUGGUCGAGUGGUCUGUAUUGGUCAUGAUGUGGAUCUGGCACUGGUGCGGGUGGAUGAUGAAAGAUUCUGGUGCCAUCCCAACGUCUUGCUGCCGGUGACCUUCAGCGCCGACACUUUCGCAGAGCUCUACAGCGAAGUUCGAGCAGUGGGGUUUCCAACUGGUGGCAGCACAAUUUGUGUGAGUAAAGGUGUGGUGCCGCGUGUCGACGCGCAGAUCUAUGUGCACUCCCGAUCCAAAGGGGUGGCGCAUGACACACUGAACAGUCCCGGGCGCUUGCCCAUCAUCCAGAUCGAUGCGGCCAUCAACCCUGGAAAUUCUGGAGGUCCAACGUUUGAUAUCACGAACAACGUGAUUGGUGUUGCAUCUUCAGGGUUACCCAAAGCACAGAAUGUGGGAUAUAUCAUUCCCACCAAGAUUGCCAUGGUCUUCCUGAAGGAGUACCUGAGCCAGGGUUCUUGGAGUGGUAUUUGUGAAACUGGUUUGGAAACCAUACCUCUUGAAAACGAUGCCAUGCGGGAAUUCCUGCGGAUGGGUCAGCGAACAGGCGUCCGUGUCGUCUCUGUGGCACCUUUGGGCGCGGCGCAAGGGAAGAUUCACUCGGGUGACAUCUUGGUUGAGGUUGACGGUCUGGCAGUGAGUAACGAGCACACAGUGCCUUUGCAGCUGGGUGAACAGAAAGUGGAUCUCGAUUACGGGGUACUCAUCAGUCAGAAGCAGAAGGGCGAGAUCACUUUGAUCAAGGUCCUGAGAAAUGGAGAAGAGAUUGAGCAGCAGAUUGUUUUCGCGCCCAUUCCUCCUCUCGCACGGCGCUUUGACCGAUAUGACAGUUCCCCCAGGUACCUGCUAGUGGGUGGCCUGGUCUUUUCCGUUAUGUCUCUGCCCCUGUUCAACGAGUUCUGCGAGCUGCGCCGGGUGCCUUGGCUUCGAAACAUCAUUUCGCAGCUGGAAACGCAGCCGGUCACCAAGCAGAAUGGGAGUCUUGAGCCAGUUUGGGGGGACUGCAGCAUUAGAGGACUCUGUGAUAUGGGGUCUUGA